AUGCUUCCUUCUAUUGAUCUCAAAGAAUUUCAAGAAAAUUUCUCUACAGGGUUUAGACCCUUUCAGCGUUCAUUUCAGUUCUGGGUUCGAGCAGUUGAUAUCUACACUGGUUACAAGGUGUUUCAACUUAAAGUAAAUUUUGAGAAGGAUGCGGAGAAGAGGGAAGCAAUGUGGGAGAAGCAGCACGAAUUUGCGGCUGAUAAAAUUUAUAACAUGUGUACUGAUCUUGGUGGGUUCUUCCUCAAGGUCGCCCAAGUUAUUGGGAAACCUGAUUUGGCCCCGGCCCCCUGGGUGAAAAGGCUAGUCACACUGUGUGAUCAUGCCCCUGCUACCCCAUAUGAUGUUGUCAAGAUUAUUUUGGAGAAGGAGCUGGGUCGAAGUACUGAUGAAUUGUUUGAAAGAAUAGAUGUUGAACCCCUUGGUUCUGCAUCAAUUGCCCAGGUUCACAGAGCUCGAUUUAAAGGUUAUAAGAAUGAUGUUGUUGUCAAGGUACAACAUCCUGGUGUUCAGGCCUUGAUGAUGACUGAUAUUCGUAACUUGCAAGCUUUUGCUUUAUACAUGCAAAAGACAGAUAUAAAAUUCGAUCUAUUCUCUGUAACAAAGGAAAUGGAGAAACAGAUUGGACAUGAAUUCAACUUUUUGAGGGAGGCUGAUGCUAUGGAAAGAAUUCGGCGUUUUCUGUACAAAAAUAACAAAAAGGCGUCGGUAUUGGUGCCACGCGUGAUACAAGAUUUGGUCACUAGGAGGGUUCUAGUGAUGGAAUAUAUGGAUGGAAUCCCCAUCCUGAAGCUUGGUGAUGAAAUAGAAAAAAGAGGGAUAAAUCCCGAUGGUAAGAUAGCUGCAGCAGCAAAGCAGAACAUCCUCAAAAGUUUGACACUUGCUUAUGGGCAAAUGAUUCUAAAGAGUGGUUUCUUCCAUGCAGAUCCUCAUCCUGGAAAUAUUCUGAUCUGUCGAGGUUCUCAGGUUGCGUUGCUUGAUUAUGGGCAAGUGAAGGAUCUCCCUGAGAAACUGAGGCUCGGAUAUGCUAAUCUCGUCCUUGCCAUCGCAGAUAAUGAUCCUACAAGAGCAUCAGACAGCUACAGGGAGCUCGGCAUAGAUACAUUUAGCAAUUGUGAGGAUGAGCAACAGGAAAUGUUUAAAUUGGCGCAAACUAUGUUUGAUACAAAGCUACCACCUGGUGUAACGAUGCUGCAACCUUUCUCAGAAGAAUCUUCAAUUAAAAAAAUUGCUGUUCAGGCUUUCCCAGAGGAACUCUUCUGUGUUCUUCGUACGGUACAUCUACUGAGAGGACUUAGUGUUGGACUAGGGAUAAACUAUUCAUGCGCAGAGCAGUGGAGACCAAUUGCUGAAGAAGCUCUGUACCUUGCUGGGAGACUCACAGAUAAAGAUCUCAAGAACACGCAUAAGCGUGGUGUUUUCAGAAGAAUGUUUAGGAUGUAG